AAUUAACAAUAUUGUAUAGAUCCAAUUCCACCCGUUAAAAAUUUUGAAUAAAUUAAUUUAUGAUAGAGAUACAGAUACCCACCUAAUUCAUUGAUUGUGUGCUAAAAGCCUAAAAUAACUCAAUUAUCAACUUACCUAUUCCUCUUUGAAGUUUGAAUUAUUGCCGACAAAUUUCACCUGCUUUCGUUGUAACCAAAACACCUUAAACCAAAACCAAAAAAAAAAAAAAUAAUAAUAAUAAUAAUAAUAAUAAUACCCCCUCAAAAAAAAAAAAAAAAAAAAACUUAGGAUAAAAAUAAGUGCUUGUAAUAUCCGAAGAUUUUAGAAAGGAGAGAGGAAGUGAAUUGGUUGAAGAAGCAACAGUGGAGCAGAAAAUAGACUUGUUGAAAAAUUAUGGGAGAAGUUAACUUAAUUGCAAAUCUUCCCAUCAUCGAUUUAUCGGCAACUGAUCGAAUUUCUACCGCUGCUACACUUCGUCAGACAUGCAUCGAAGUCGGUUUCUUCUACAUUGUGAAUCAUGGAGUGGACAAAGCUCUAUUUGAGAGAUUGUUUGAGGAGAGUAAGAAAUUCUUUUCACUUCCCGAGGAAGAAAAAAUGAAGCUUGAUAGGAAGGAAUUCAGGGGAUAUACAGCUUUAUAUUCUGAGAAGUUGGAUACUUCUUUAAAAACCAAAGGUGACCCAAAGGAGUCUUUCUACAUUGGCCCGCUUCAUGAUGAAAUCCGCAAUUUGAACCAGUGGCCUUCUCAAGAGCUUCUUCCAAAUUGGAGACCAACUAUGGAAGCAUACCAUAGACAAAUUCUGAGUGCAGGAAAAAGUUUAUUAUCACUUCUUGCGCUGGCAUUGAACCUUGAUGAAAAGUUUUUUGAGAAUGUAGGAGCUCUGGAUCCACCAAUGCCUGUUCUUCGCCUCUUACAUUAUCCAGAAGGUGACCACAGUUGCCACAAUGAUGAAGUUUUAGGGGCUUCUGCUCACUCUGAUUAUGGUAUGAUCACUCUGUUGGCCACUGAUGGUGUUCCUGGAUUACAGGUCUGUAGGGAAAGAGAUCGUCAGCCACAGAUUUGGGAGAAUGUUCCUCAUGUUGAGGGGGCAAUAAUUGUCAACAUUGGUGACAUUAUGGAGAGAUGGACAAAUGGUUUGUUUAGGUCAACAUUGCAUAGAGUGGUGCCAAAGGGACGAGAACGAUAUUCUGCAGCUUUGUUCCUUGAUCCUCCACACGAUUUUUCAGUGGAGUGCUUAGAAACCUGCUGCAGUGAGUCAAAUCCUCCCAGAUUUCCCCCCAUUUGCUACAGUGACCACCUCCAAGAACGUUAUAGGGUUACAUAUGGAGCUUAGCUAGGAGCCCCUUGGCAAUCACUUACGUACUCGUACCUUAAAGAGCAAAUGUUAGCCAUUUUGGGAAGUGCAAGUACGGUCAUACACAGUAAUACAGUAUGACAUUACCAAUUAUAAUGAUAUAUGUGUGGAUCAAUAGGUGAAAGAUGGAACGAACUUGGAAUUCAUACAUUUAUAAAUGUACUCAUAUUAUUGUAUCUCGUAAAAAUGUAAAAUCUGCUGGAUGACUUUGCUCUCUUUUAGAUUCAUAUGAAUCUGAAGGUAAAGUUUAAGUAAAUCCAAAAAAUGUUUUGUGUAGUGUGAACGGAUUAUGAAAGGAAUUCCAUCCAUUGAUCUGUUGAUUUACUCUGAACUUAUUCUCUGAUUAUUAUAUAGUUUGAACUAUAAGAAGAACUAAAUACAACCUAAAGUUUGUACUC